AUGAAUGUGCCAAAUCAGUCCUCCAUGCAUGGUUUACGUGAUAUUUGUGUCAGCGCAUUCAAAGCAGCUGUUGAGGCCGUGCAACCAUAUCAGCGUGUUUUUGACACCCUUCAACUAGUUAAUGGAUGUAUGAAAAUUGGACACCGAACUUAUCAAGUUGAUCAUAAUAUUCAUUUAGCUGCCUUUGGUAAGGCUGCUUUAGGUAUGGUUCGUGGUGCGGAGAAUGCUCUCAAUGGUCAUAUUGUAGAAGGUAUUGCAAGUGUUCCUCGGGGUACGCUUAAAAAAAUGAGUAACCUUAAUCUACAAACAAAAUUUUUGGAAGGUGCUACUAACAAUUUACCUGAUGAUGAUGCGUGCAAUAAUGCACGUUUAAUUGAGGAAAUGGCAAAACGGUUAAAAACGUCAAACGAUAUCUUUCUUGUGCUAAUUUCAGGUGGUGGUUCCGCCCUUCUUCCUGCUCCAGUUUCAUCUAUUUCUCUUGAUGAUAAGCUCAAAACUAUCAAAGAAUUAACAUCAAGAGGAGCUGAUAUUAAGCAAUUAAAUACAGUGAGAAAGGCGUUAUCUAGAUUGAAAGGUGGAAAAUUGGCACACAUAGCUCAUCCAGCCAAAUGCUUGAGAAUAAUAUCAGUUAUUAUUUCUGAUGUCAUCGGCGACCCAUUAGAAUACAUAGCCAGUGGUCCAACGGUCAUGAAACAGGUUGACGAACUUGAUCCAAAGAUGGUUUUGAAGGAAUUGAAUGCUUGGCAUUCUAUAUCCGAGAAAGUGCGGCAAGCAGUUGAACGUGCUGAGGUGGUGAAUUUGGAUCAGAACAUGGAUAUUCAAAACUACAUAGUUUCAAACAACAAGCUUGCGCUAUUUGCUGCUGCUGAGACGUUAAAAAGAUGUGGUUAUAAGUGUCAUAUAGUAAGCAGUAACAUUGCCGAAGAUGCUGAUAUUUAUGGGUCCCUGCUUGCUCAUAUUUUAAUUGAAAUAAUGAAGGGCAAAAAAUGUAUUGAAGUACUGCAAUCUGUUUGCUUGGCUACAUCUGGCAGUAUUAUACCAUCUGGAGUAAAUAAAGUUCGAAGUUUGCUUACGUUUGCAGACAAAAUAGCAUUGCUUUUCGGUGGUGAAUGCACGGUAAAAAUAAGAGGAGGUGGUUUAGGAGGUCGUAAUCAAGAAAUUGUGCUUACUGCGUUGUCAAAAUUGCUUGAUCACUGGGAUCCUUGCCAGAAAAGAACUGAAUUUGCAUUGUUGAGCGCCGGGACCGAUGGUCAAGAUGGACCAACAGAUGCUGCUGGAGCUGUACUGACUAGUGAUGAUGUGCGGUAUAUUUUGAAAAUGAAUGCGGAGAUCACGAAAAAAUUGAUCGACGCGUCUCUAAACAAUAGUGACUCUUAUCAUUUCUGGAAAGAUUUCAAUAAUGGCAAGUCACAUAUUAUUUGUGGACCAUCGGGAACUAAUGUGAUGGAUAUGCAAGUGUUGUUGCUGUCAAACACAGUAUAG